UUGUUUGUCUACGUAUGCUACUCCUCAUAUCAGGAGAUGUUGAACUCAAUCCUGGUCCUAUGAUUGAUGAUGAACCUGAUAUCUUCCUAUUACUUCAAUGGCUUGAACCACUUGUUGACUGGAAACCAUUUGGUCUUCUCUUACCUGGAAUAACACAACACGAAAUUUCAGUAAUAGAACAAGUGGAUGCUAAACAUCAAAAACUAGCUUUAUUUUCAAAAUGGUUAAAUACACAUCCUACAGCAACAUGGAGAGAUGUACUCAAUGCAUUGACUAAAACAGAAGAGAUUGAUUUAUUACAAACUAUUAAUGAUCAGUUAGAAGUACAUCAAUGUACAGGAGGUAAUACUGAUGCUCUUACUAGUACUGUACCAGUAGUAUCUACUGUAUCAUCGUCAAUUUCUGUAAUUAAUAAACCUGUUACUAUGACAUCAGGUAACACUCCUAGUGCUAUAUUAAGGAUGAAUUAUGCUACUCUUGUUGAUGCUAUUACUAAUAAUCUCUACAGAGUAACAAAUGGACUGUAUGCUAAAGGACUAAUACCAAUGGAAACUGUUAAUCAUAUUCAAACAGCAGCUUCUUCUGAUGUUGUGAAAUCUGGAAAAUUAAUGUCUGUAUUACAACAACAGUUGGAAUCCUCUCUUAAUCCAGGGCAGUAUCUAACUGAAAUAUGUUAUGUAUUAACAACCCAACAGGAUUGUACAUUAACAGAUAUUCUUACCUCUAUAUUACACCAGUUAGAGAUCAUGUCUAAUCUCAGUAGACAUGUCCAGGUCAUUGGAUUUUCUAAGGAAGAAAUAUCAACAUCUGUUCCAUGGUCAUCUUAG